AUGGUACCACUCGGCGUCAUGGUGUACGACGCCCUGCUGCAGUACAAGGCUGAGCACGGCAAUCUUCACGUACCGGUGGCCUUUCGCGUGCCGUCGAGCCCGCCGUGGCAUCAAGACCUGUGGGGGCUGGCACUGGGGCAAAGGUGUAGCGCCUUUUGUGUAGCGGGUUCAAUGCUGUACGGCCUCCGCAGGAACCCCGAUCGGCUGAACCGGCACCCGGAGAUACGGGCGGAGAUCACCGCACUAGGGUUCAGCUGGAAGGUACCCAAGAGGGGCCGUCGGAAAAGUAUCGACACCACUGCUGCCGCCGCCGCCGCUACAUAUGCCGGGGUCGAUGGCACGGCGCCGAGAAGUAGAGGCCGCGGCAGGAACGAAGCGCUCGGUGGGGAGCCGGGAGGCGUAGCGGCGGCAGCAGCAGCGGUCCUGCGACCAUCGCCACCGCCGUCGGAUGCCGCUGUUGUUGUGUUGGCGGCCGAAGGGGUCGGGCAGGACGUCGAAGGCCCUUCGCGGUUAGGCGAUGGAGCUGGUGGUCGUGGGUUUGAUGUUGGGGGUGAGGGUGGUACUGUUGUCAGUGAUGGUAGGUCUGAAGGUGUGCGUGCCCGAAGUCGGGCACAUGGUGAAGAUAGCACCACAGCGAAGACGAAUAAAGGUAGCGUAGUAGCGAACGGUAGUUCAAGUUGUAGGAAUAGAGCGGGUCGACUCCUGUCCCCCGCAGGCUGUUAGAAGAAGGUGGGGAGAUGUUGGGAGGGGGGGGCGGCGUGCGGGCUGUUGGGCCGCCGGGCGCUGGAGCUUAGACUAGCGCACCUCGCUAGAAGCGCCAUGUUCGCAAAAGGUUUCGUGGCACGCAAUUCGCUGAUUGGUCAAUGCACCUGCAGUGGAAUUUUCAAAUUGGUAAAAGAACAGGGACGGCCCAAGAUCGUUGGUCGACGGGUGGGGUAAUCCACGGCCAAACCGAGGGGUGCUGAAGGUUUGCCGUUUACUUUCGAAGCUAGUGGUUGCUUGUUCGAACCCGGUGCGCUGUACGUUUCAGGAGGCGGAAAUGUUUACCGUUUCGUUUCGAAACUAGUGGUUGCUGGUUCGAACCCGGUGCGCUGUAAGUUUCUUUGCGCGGCCUUAAGCUAGGAUAUUUGGCCCCUAACCGCAACCCAACCGACCCGACCCAAACCUAUGGCAGUGGAAAGUGCUAGGUCACUACACGAAGCAAGCCUAGGCCGCGGCAAGCCGCGGGGCUGGCGCUAGGUUGCUGCACCGUUUGCGUUCUAGGUUGCUGUUGCUGUCCCGUUUAGGCUAACUAAGCCGCGGCGCAGGAGGGGGUAAGGGCUAGGUUGCUGUGCACCGUCAGGGCUAGGUUGUUGUUCGUCAGGGCUAGGUUGCUGUACGGUGUCAGGGCUGCACCUACCCAAGGAGUGUUUCAAGAAAUGGUGUCCCGACAUGGAGAUCACU